AUGCCCUUCCUCGACAUAAUCUCCGUUCUGUAUUAUAUCCUUCUCAACGGUUCCUCAGAAGAAGCUUGCCGCAAAACAUUUGCAGUCAACGGCUGGAUGUUCGCAAUCGGAAUUUCAGUCACCGAAAUCCUCCUAACGAUGAGAACAUGGGCGAUCUGGGGUAAAGAUCACAGGCUCACCAUCAUCCUCCCAAUUCUUUGGGCUCUAUGCUUUGGUGGGGUGUUCACUUUCAUGGGGGUUUUUCUCAAAUCCGUGUCAUUUAUCCCGCCCCCUCGAGGAGCCGGAUAUCAAUCAGCGGGAUGCUUCAACGUCAGUGCCAGCCCGAUGUUAUUCGCUUGUUGGCUGUUCGUUAUGGCUUAUGAUCUAGAUACUUACCGACUGUGUCGUGCAGUGCUUUUGAUAUUGAUCGCAAUCAAGGGACUUCCGGCGCUGAGAAUGACAACUUCUUCACAUCGGAGACUCGCAAAUGCGGUGUUCCUGAAUGGUAUGGAACAGCGCUACAUGUCAUGUCAGCCAUUAAUGUUGUCCUCAUAUAUCCAUAUGCCUAUGACAACCUUCUCUCAACGUAACCUCUUAUUUAUUUCCAUCUCGUCGUUCGAACGAGUCAUGUACUCUAUCCUGACCUGCCGUGUCAUCCUCGACAUUCGCACAGAAACGAAAGAGGGCCUCGAAAUGUCCAGCCCUAAUUAUUCAAUUUACAAGUAG